CGCACACGACGAACAGUGAACGCACACCCCUUCGGCCGGCGGGACACGGGCGCGCGCGGCCGAUCAUCUAUCGCGCGAUCGUCGUCAUCGUCGUCGUCGUCGCCGUCGUCAACAGUGUUUACGAUUGUCGUCGCGAAUUCCUUGGUCGUCGUCUUCGCCGCCGCCGUCAAAUGGCAAUCUGAUCUUUCGACUUAAACACAAUAGUAUUGUUGUCGUCGGCCACUUACAAUAUAAUAAUAUUGUACCGUAAAAAUAUUAUAGUUCACAGCAUACCAAUGGUUUGCUUGGCGGUGUUGUGCGCCAUAUCAUCGAUGAUCGUAUGGUCUUCGGUGGCGGGUUUCGACAUGUUAGACUGUAACCGACAGCUGUCCACUUUCCGAGUGUCCAACACCGACGUGAACGGAAGGACGUGUUCCGAUGAGAUCAACGUGAUGUCGUGCUGGGGAAGAUGCGACUCAAAUGAGGUGUCCGACUGGCGGUUCCCAUACAAGCGGUCGCACCAUCCUGUGUGCAUACACGCCGGCCAGGUGCUCACCGAGUUCGUGUUGAAGGACUGCGACGAAGGCGUUCAGCCGGGCACGGAACUUUACAUUUUCCCGCAGGCCACGUCGUGCAAGUGUCACGCGUGCAAGUCGUCGGAGGCGUCUUGCGAGGGGUACCGGUACAAAGAUUUCCAGUUCAUUUCCGCCGACGAAGUCUGAUGGGAUUGAUGAUUUUAAGAAAACAAAAAAAUGCGACGGAAUUACGACGACAGAAAAACCGAAUGAGACAUCAUAUACUCACAUAUUACAUAUAAAUAUAUAUAUUUAUUAUUAUUAUUAUACGCGCCUUAGUUUUUCUUUUUCUUGUCUCCUUCGAUUCUCAUUAUAUCUACAAUGCUCGUCUGUUAUAAUAUUAUUAUUGUCUUUAUCGUCACACACUCGACAUAACACACUAUUAUUACUAUGUUGUACACUAUUAAGUUCUCUGUCAAAUAAUAAUAUCAUAUUAUAUAUCUCAUUGUUAUCCGAAACGUGAAAAACUAAACCGAUUAUAAUCUAUAAGCCCUCGCCUGUCAAUAAAAUAUAAUUUUAAUGUUUA